ACCGGACCCUGUAGAGGUCUUACGGCUGCCGGUGCAUUAAAUUUGGGGUGCAAGGGGCCUUUUCGUUCUAAAUUGCUCGCAGCGACUAACAUGGCUUUGCCUUAAGAUUGCGGCCUCCGACUGUGAGACUGAAUGAAAAUUUUUUAAAUGCGAGAACGCGGAGGUCCUCUGGCAUAUCCCAGUUAGAGCCUAAGUCACCAGAUUCAGGGGCAGUGUGAUUGGCUGGAGCGGCUGGGUCCUGUUCGCCCCGACGCGUCAGGGCCUCAACCCCCCCUGGCUGCGGAGUGGUAGUCUCUGCCGCCAGGGGACUCAGCGCCGAAGACCUGUGGAAUCUGCGUCUCUGGCUGGCAGCGGCAGCCGCAGCCAUGGAGCCCAGUGCUUCCCCUGAGCCCGACUCGGGCGAAGUGUUGCCCCAGCACAAGUUCGACAGCGGGUCCCUAGAGGCCUAUCUAAACCAGCACUUGCCCGGCUUUGGGGCCGAGCCCGAGGCCAAGCUGACCGUUACCCAAUACAGAUCAGGACAGUCCAAUCCAACCUUUUAUCUUCGGAAGGGCUUUCAAGCAUAUGUACUCAGAAAAAAACCACCUGGUUCACUUCUUCCUAAAGCACAUCAGAUUGAUAGAGAAUUUAAAGUCCAGAAAGCUUUGUUUUCAGUUGGAUUCCCCGUUCCCAAGCCUUUAUUGUACUGCAGUGAUCCUUCUGUCAUUGGAACAGAAUUUUACUUGAUGGACCAUGUGCAGGGUCGAAUCUUUCGUGAUUUCACAAUUCCUGGAGUUAGCCCAGCAGAACGCUCAGCCAUGUAUGUGGCCAUGAUAGAAACCUUGGCUCACUUACAUUCCUUGAAUGUACAGUCAUUGCAGCUGGAAGGUUAUGGUCGAGGUGCUGGCUAUUGCAAAAGACAGGUAUCAACCUGGACAGAGCAAUAUCAAGCUGUAGCUCAUCAGGACAUCCCUGCCAUGAAACAGCUAUCUGACUGGCUAAUGAAAAACUUGCCAGAUAAUGACAAUGAAGAAAAUUUGAUUCAUGGAGAUUACAAACUAGAUAACAUAGUUUUCCACCCUACAGAGUCUCGAGUUAUAGCUAUACUGGAUUGGGAGCUUUCAACCAUUGGUCAUCCUUUGUCAGACUUAGCUCAUCUCUCCGUAUUCUACUUUUGGCCACGGACAGUCCCAGGGAUAAAUCAAAAUUUUUACUUUCAAGAAAACAUAGGGAUACCAUCAAUAGAAGAACUGAUUUCAAUAUAUUGCCGCUGCAGGGGAAUUAAUUCUAUUCUCCCUAACUGGAAUUUCUUUCUUGCCCUUGCAUAUUUUAAAAUGGCUGGAAUAGCACAGGGAGUAUAUAGUAGAUAUCUUCUGGGAAAUAAUGCAUCUGAGAAUAGCUUUCUGUUUGCCAAAGUUGUGCAACCUCUGGCAGAAACUGGAUUACAGCUUUCAAAAAGAACUUUCAGUACUACAUCACCACAGAUUGAUACUUCCCAACAGUUGUUUGUACUGAGUAAGACCGGCCAGGAAGUUCUUGCUAGGGUGAAGCGUUUCAUGAAACAACACAUCCUUCCAGCUGAAAAGGAGGUAAUUGAGUUCUAUGUUCAAAAUGAAAAUUCAGUGGACAGAUGGAAAAAACCUUUAGUGAUUGAUAAACUUAAGGAAAUGGCCAAAGCAGAAGGCCUCUGGAACUUGUUUUUGCCAGCUGUAAGCGGUCUCAGCCAGGUGGACUAUGCCUUGAUUGCUGAAGAAACAGGAAAAUGCUUUUUUGCUCCAGAUGUCUUUAACUGCCAAGCACCAGACACAGGGAACAUGGAGUUGCUCCACCUAUAUGGAAGUGAAAAGCAGAAGCAGCAGUGGCUUGAGCCUCUUCUUCAAGGGAACAUUGCCUCCUGUUUCUGUAUGACAGAGCCCAAUGUAGCUUCGAGUGAUGCCACAAAUAUUGAAUGUAGCAUCCAACGAGAUGGAGAUAGCUAUGUAAUUAAUGGCAAGAAAUGGUGGAGCAGUGCCAUAGAUGAAAUCAUCUACAGACAUAGCUUUGGAGAUGUUGCGGAUUCAGUUCCAGAUUACUAUAAUUUCCAUGGAGGACAUUUUGAGAUCCAUUUUAAUCAAGUACGAGUUCCUGUCACCAAUUUAAUACUAGGUGAAGGUAGGGGAUUUGAAAUUGCCCAAGGCCGCCUUGGACCCGGCAGAAUUCAUCACUGUAUGAGAACAGUAGGAGUGGCAGAACGCGCUUUGCAGAUAAUGUGUGAACGGGCAACACAAAGGGUGGCCUUUAAGAAGAAACUGUUUUCACACGAGGUUGUGGCUCACUGGAUUGCUGAAAGCCGCAUUGCCAUCGAGAAGAUACGUUUGUUGAUCCUGAAAGCCGCGCACAGCAUUGACACCCUGGGCUGGGCUGGCACUAGGAAGGAGAUUGCAAUGAUUAAAGUGGCCACCCCUCGGGCCGUCUGCAAAAUUAUUGACCGGGCGAUCCAAGUGUGUGGAGGUGCAGGUGUUUCCCAGGAUUACCCUCUGGCUAACAUGUAUGCCCUAACGCGAACUCUGCGCUUAGCAGAUGGGCCCGAUGAAGUGCACCUCUCCGCAAUCGCAGCAAUGGAGCUGCGGGACCAAGCCGGAGGCGUGAGGUCCAAGGUGUAGGAGGCACCUUUACACACACUUCACGGGCUCUAGCAUUUGCACCAGUUUGAGCACAGGAUUAAUUACUCAUUUUCAGUAAACAUUUGAGCAUCCAUUUUGAUCACUGGGUUUUAUAAUUUCAAGGGUCACAAAGGUUUAAGUUAAAUACAAAAUUCUAUAGCUGCCGUCAUUCAGUCUAUUACCUAUGUGUUUAGCCUUUAUUUUUAAAACAUUCAACCUGUAAAGAAAUAAUGAAGUAAACUGGAGAGCUAAAGCAUAGGCAUAAAAAUAUUUUCACUUUUUGAUUCCCAGGAUCUGUUCCAUUUAAAUAAAUAUUCAAGGAGUUAUUGCUCUGUAAAAAAUAUAGCGGGAUGUCCUUUCUAACACUGGCUGUAGGGGGUGGCUUAACACUUUGUAGUACCACAGUGUUUGCACUGGAGAAAGGUGCAUGACUGACUGAAUCAUUUUAGAAUUCAUAUAAACCUCUUCAUAAUUCAACAGAAAGCAUUUAUACAUAAAGUCUGAAUGCAGUUUAAAGUUUACUAGAAAACAUGGCAUAUUAUGAGAAAACAUAAUUAGGAAGGUUUUUAAUUAUGUAUAAUAUGUUGAUGAAAACAGUGGAUAGUUUAAGCUACAAGAAAGUUAUUUAGUUUUGAGAAGAGAUUACAAUCCAUCUGUUCUGAAUGCCAUCCCGUUAGUAUCAACACCCUAAGCAAACAUCCUGUGGCUCUUUAAAUCAGUGCUGCCCAAUAUAAUGGCCACUGGCCACAUGUGACUCUUGAGCACUUUAACUGUACCUAGUGUAACUGAGGAACUUUUGAUUGUUUAAAAUUUUAAUAUCGAUUCUUAACUCAGUUACUAGAAAACUUUUAAGUAUGCUCGCAAUAACUUGGGUAUGUGAAUUGACUUUUUCAAAUGUAAAUUUUAUGAAAUCUAAAUAUGGAGCAAGUAUUUUGGCUGGAAAUUUAGCAUCCAAAUUAAGAAACAAAGUAAGUGUGAAAUACAUAACAAAUUUUGAAGACUUAGUGUGAGAAAAAGGUAAAAUAUCUCAUUAAUACUUUUUAAGUAGUGAUUAUAUAUGGAAAUGAUAAAAUGUGGAUGUAAGGCAUACCUUGUUUUAUUGUGCUUCACUUUUUGCACUUCUUACAAAUCAAAGGUUUAUGGCAACUCUGCAUCAAGCAACUCAGCACCAUUUUUCCAACAGCAUUUGCUCACUUCAUAUCUCUGUGUCACAUUUUGGUAAUCCUUGCACUAUUUCAAACUUGUUCAUUAUUAUUAUUUUGAAUUGCUGCAAUCUCAUGAUAAAACUUGAACGGAUGAGGAGUCACUUCUUAUGGAUGAGCACAGAAAGUCGUUUCUUGAGGUAGAAUCAACUCCUGGGGAAGAUGCUAUAAAGAUUGUUGAAAUGACAGAGAUUUAGAAUAUGAUAUAAACUUAGUUGAUAAAGCAGUGGCAGGAUUUCAGAGGUUUGACUCCAAUUUUGAAAGAAGUUCUGCUGUGGGUAAAAUGCUAUCAAAUAGCAUCACAGAGAAAUAGUUCAUGAGGAAGAGUCCAUUUGUGCAGGAAACUUCCUUGUCUUAUUUUUAAAAAUUGCCCCAGCCAGGCCAGCCUUCGGCAACCACCACCCUGGUCAGUGAGCAGCCAUCAACACCGAGGCAAGACUCUCCACCAGCAAGAAGACUGUGACUCACUGAAAGUUCAGGUGAUGGUUAGCAUAUUUUUUUUUAGCAAAAAAUAUUUUUUUUAAGAUUUUAGUUUUAGGGGCGCCUGGGUGGCUCAGUUGGUUAAGUGUCUGCCUUCAGCUCAGGACAUGAUCUCAGCGUCCUGGGACAGAACCUGGGUUCUGAUUCCUGCGUGUCACAUGGGCCUCCUAAACUCCUAAAUUUGCCUUUGAUCCUUAACCUCUCUGCAUCUCAUUUUUCUUUCUGUACCCUGGGAUUAACUAUUAAAUCUAGAGGACCCUUACCUACUGAGGGUUUAUUGUGACAAUCACUGAAGCCAUGUAGAAGCACUCAGGUAUUUCUGAACCACAAUAUUUUUAUAAGGUAUCCUCAUUUGAAGCAGAUCAAAUCUUAUAACCCAAGCUAUCGAACCUUAUUUCUAGUUUCAAAAGUUGUGACUUAGAAGAAAUCAGGAUUGUUUCUGAACAAUUAAAAUUAAAGGUUAUGUGUGGUACUUACAA